AUGGCCAAAGUUGACAUCAAUCCCCGCAUCAUUCAGCAAAGAUUCAGACAGAAAAAUGAAGACGUGGAUGAACUGGCGAGAAAGGGUUACAUCAAUCUUGGUCGAACACUGGGUGAAGGUUCAUACGCAAAAGUGAAAGUAGCGGAGAGCCAACGCCUUGGAAAGAAGGUGGCCGUCAAAAUUGUUGCGUUGAAAAAUGCUCCACGUAAUUUGAAAAGUAAAUUCUUACCCCGGGAGUUAGAUAUCUUGCGAAAACUUGAUCACCCCCGAAUAAUCAAGUUAUUCGACAUUUUGAGGACUGAAAAUAAGGUUUACGUUGUAACGGAACUGGCAGGUCAUGGAGAUCUACUCGACUACAUCAAACUGUUCAGAGCUCUGCCCGAAGAGAGGACAAAGAUAAUAUUCCGACAAGUUGUGGACGCUGUUUCUUAUUGUCAUUCGCUUAAUAUAAUACACAGAGAUUUGAAAUGCGAAAACGUUCUUUUGGACGGGAAGGGUGACGUCAAGCUAUCAGAUUUCGGCUUCGCCCGGACAAUCUCACUAACGGAUCACAGCCAAACGUAUUGUGGUAGCUCGGCAUAUACAGCCCCGGAGGUGCUCAAGGGCAAACCGUAUAGUGGUCCACCGGUGGAUAUAUGGAGUCUGGGAGUCAUUCUCUACAUCAUGAUCACUGGUCUGAUGCCUUACAAUGACGACAACUUAACAAAGUUGCUUAUCGCACAAGAAAAGAAAGUGCUGUUCAAAUCAAAAAUGACAUCAGAUGCUUGUAAACAACUGGUACGAUCCAUAUUGGAGUUCAAAGUUCGGAAAAGGGCGACACUGGAGGAGAUAAAAUCCAACAUUUGGAUGAGGACGGACAUUAUCAAAAUGACCAAAACUCCACAGGACCAAAUAUGAACUACUCCCGCUUUCUUGUUCAGGUCAUAAGC